AUGGCGCAGGUUCUCACCACUCAACCGCUGCUGGAAAGACGAUGCUUCAGGAAAGCUGCCCUUGGAAGCCCGACGAUACAGGAAGCGGGGAGCUUUACAGCAUUGCCCACAGUCCCCUGUGCUGCGCGGCAAGGUCAGAGAAGGAUGAGUCAGGCGCUUGCCUUUGAAAGUCCAGCAAGGAGACUUGCCAUAAGAGAAUCAAAGUCGGCGCCGCCCAAGGAGCAGGUGUUGUUGCAAAGGGGCUUUGGUGGAGCUUUGAAGAGUACUGUGCAGGACGGGGAGGCACCAGCUGGGAAGGGGGACUCUACAGCCCAGCCAUCUGAGCUCAGCGCUGAGGUCAGCAGCAGUGAAGUCAGCGACAGGGCGGACAAGGAGAAGGGGCUGAGCCUAGGCGUUAAAGCGGCCCUGGGGGCGUUGCGGUUCUAUAAAAGAGAGAUAUCGCCGUGGCUUCCGGGGAGCUGCCGGUAUCAGCCGACCUGCUCGCAGUACGCUGUUCAGGCUUACACGAAGUUCGGGUUCGUUAAAGGGAGCAUCCUAACGGCGUGGCGGCUGAUACGAUGCAACCCUUUAGGUACCUCUGGUUAUGAUCCCCCUCGGUGGCCGCCCUCCGACUGCCAGCCGAUUGAUUGAGAAUUUCUUCGUGGAGUUUAGCAGUGGCACGUGCGAUUUGGUCACCUUGAACUGGACUGUGGCCGAAGGGUUGAAAGGACCCAGUUGAUCGGAUCUGAAAGCGACGGAGAGCCGUUCGAUAUCUCCUUAGAAUAAAUCAUUCUUUGUUCCGAGGGUGAAUUGCGCCAUCAAGCCGUAUACAUAGGCCCUCAAGUUUCUUUUGGCGCCAACUCGCGGCUGCCUGCGUGUAGGAUGCCAGGUCCUCCCUAGCCCGAUUUAGGGCAGUUCCGGCACGCCUUGGUGAACGAGAUUGUGGUAUUCUGCUACUAUGCAGAGUCUUCACGAGUAGUCAAAACCUGAUCGCAAGGAACAGCCGCUUAAAAUGUCGCAGGGACUUGCAGUCAAGAUGGUCUUAAUUCCCGCGUCGUGUAACACUCAGUGAGGGCGGCCGGUCAGAAAGAUGUUGCAGAAGCAUCCGACAUGCUCUAGCAAAUCCC